AGUCUGAGAUAAAGAUCCGAGUCGUUUACAGAAACCUGUUGGACAAGAUGUCAGAGCAGCAAACGGAUUUCCUGCUGCUGGUUCCCCGGUACGGAUCGACCCAAAGCCUCCGGCUCGCUGAGUAUUUGUUUUUCACACCUUCCGGGUUCUGAGUGGAGCGGUUCUGGUUGGGAUCCGGGAGCGUUUCGGCUCUGAAUCUGGAUCGUUCUGACUUGUUCUGUGUGGAAGUCGUGUGACUGAAGCCGAUGGAGUUCGCCUGCGGGUUUGUUUACGUGCCGCCGUCGCUGAGCCGGAGAGACGUCCAACGAUCCGGCGGCAACGCAGCCAAACGCUCAGCCCUCCUUCCUCCGGUUAAAGCCUUUCGUCCUCGUCGUGCUCCUCCUCCUCCGCCCCCCACCCAGCCGGCCGACCCGCAGGUCAAAGCGCCGCCGUCUCCUAAAGCUUCGUCUCAGAAAACCUCUGGACAGCAGGAGAGAAACCAGAAAGUCGGAUCCUCCAAACUCGUUUCUCUCUUCAACCGUCCAGAACUUCAGCCAAGACCAGAGGCGGAUUCUUGUCCUGCAGGAUCGGCUUCUCCAGCGACGCCGUCCAGAAAGACCGCUCCUCUGCUGUGUUUUUUCCGCCCAGCCCUUCUGCCGCCAUUUAUCAAGCCUACAGCGAAUCCUGAUCCCAACAAACAACCUGAACCGCCUCAAACCUCCAGCAACAACAUCCAGUCGCUUUGGUACGGCGACACAAAACAUGAAUCAGGUCCAAACAUGGAGACGACGGAGGACCUCUACUCCUACACUUUACCAGAAGGCCGAGGCGGAGAGGCCAAGCUUCCUCCUGAUAGAGGAAUCGCGCUUGGAUCUGCUCCACCUCUGCCUCCAAGACCUUCAUUUAUGCCUCCAGCCCCAGAGUACGUGAUGGUUUUACCUGCGGCGCCUCCUUCAUCCAAACCUCCGCUGCCUGCAAGUAAAGAUAAGGGCCCCCUGCCUGGAAAUCCCAAUAUUGUUCUUAUCAGCUUAGGAAAGUUGCUGUCAGAGGAAAGAGAGGUUCCCAGUCAUGGGAAGCCCAUAAUGUGUUCAGAGUGUGGGUCGGUUCUGGACAGCGAGGCCAAAAAACAGGUUAAAGUGUGCUACUUUUGUCAGAGUGAGGAUUUAACUAGACCGUCCAGACUUCCUGUAAGUGUGCAGAAAGAUGAUGUGUUUCUGCUGAACCCUGGAGAGCAGCCGCAGUCCACCGCCGACUCGCUGCUGCUGUUCUGCAUCGACACGUCCGGCUCCAUGAGCAUCACCUCCGAGGUGUCAGAAUCAGGGCAGAACAUCCAAAGAACCAGACUCGAGUUUGUCCAAGAAGCUGUGCUGCAGUGUGUUCGGAAGCUGAGCCACCAGCGGCCAGAGGUUCGAGUUGGACUCAUCACUUUCAACUUCCAGGUCACUGUGUACGAAUGCAGCAGUUUCCAGUUGUAUCAUCUCAGCGGCGCCGAGCUGAACGACAGGAGCUUCCUGAUGGAGGCUGCGGCCGGUAUGGCCAUGCCGCUCCCACUGUCACAGACUAAAGAUUACUUAGAGAGACACAUUUCAGGAUUAUCAGCAAAUGGAGAAACGGCUCUGGGUCCAGCUGCCCUGGUUGCUGUUUCAAUGGCCUCCAGGCUGCCAGGGUCAAAGGUGAUUAUCUGUACAGAUGGAAAAGCCAACGCAAAACUAGGGAAUCUAGAAGAUGAGGACAACGACGCUCGCGCUCUGCUCUCGUCCACCAUCUUCUACCAGAACCUGGGGGAGUCCGCCGCCACCCAGGGGGUGACCGUGUCCGUGCUGUCCAUAGAAGGAACGGACUGCCGACUGGAUGAACUGGGAAGACUGGCGGAUCGAACUGGAGGGAAAGUGGUAAUAGCCAGUCCCAACCAGCUGCACUCAGAGUUUGAAGAGAUCAUUGAAAACAGGACCGUAGCUACACACUGUGCCGUAACGCUCCUGGUGCCCAAAUCUCUGCGGCUGAAAGGAGAGAGGGAGGUGGGACACAAAGGGACCAGAGAGGUGGGGAAUGUGAACACUGAUACUGAGGUCACCAUGCAGUUUGGAGCCCAGCAACACACAGAAGUGGCGCCGCCGGCUUGUGGCAGCCGCGUUGCCGUGCAGCUGCAGGUCUGGUACCGGAGGAACGGUCAGGCUCUGCUCCGGGUGUUCACUGCAGAGAGGGAGGUCACCGACGACAGCUCGGCGGCGCUGUCCUCCCUCUCCCUCGCCAUCGUUCAGCUCAGCUCGCUGCAGGCCAGCGCCGCUCUGGCCGUCAGAGGCCGCUUCCUGGACGCCAGGAAGGAGGGAGCAGAGCAGCGGCGGCUCAUCGAGCGAGCGAUAGAGCAGAAUCAGAGAGCAGAGGACCAGCAGAUGUACCAGGACUGGGUCAGAACCAUGGAGCCCAUAAACCACAACAUUCACACUCUAGCCAGGAGGAGCGCUCUUCUGUCCUACUCUGAGCCUCUGACAGACGCUGGUGCAGCUCUGUUCAUCACCAUGAAGCACAGCAACAGGACGUCCAUGUAGCGCCGCCAAACGUCACACAAAGGCUCCGAGUCACUUUAUAUAAUUAUAAUAUUAUAUAAUUAAUAAAUGUAAUUAUGAAGCCACAGAAAAUCUCUUUAAAAUGUUUUUUUAAUUCGUUUUGUAUAUUAAAAUAUAAGACUAUUCAUUUCUGAUUUGUUGUUUUGGAAACUUUAAAUGUUUUUGCAACUGAAACCUCAAUUUAAUGUGUUAAGUGAUUCAAUUCAUAAAUUAACUAAUAUAAUUAAUAUCAUCCAAGUUUCUUCAGAGUCAUAAAUAGAAUAAAUGAUUUUGUGGGGAAGAAGAA